AGCUGAGUCUCGCGAAAGCACGACGUCGCGUCGAAGACAAGAACGCGGUUCGCAAGGACACGGAAAGAACGCGAAAGGGGACUCGUUGGUUGUUUGCCCAUGCUGGUAUCGAUGGUUGGUAUUCGCGUAAACGCAAUGCACGCAUGGCAUGCGCCGCCGUUUGCAGACGUCUGGGCCGCGAAGUUUACCGUCGCGAGAGAUUUCAACGCGCGCGAGUGAUUUGUUUUAUUAUCUUUGAACUUUUGUUGGAAUGACUACUAUCUAAUGAAACAAUUGCCCAAAAUGUGAAGGUGGAGGUAUCGGACUUCAAAAAGCAGGUUAAGCUGAAUGAAAGUAGAUUAUGGUUAGGUAACAAGAAGUAAACGUUUAAAACCAGCGUUCCGAAAAAUCUAAGCUUUUGUGAGAGACUCAAACAUCUCGAUAAUCCACCUCCGAGGUCCCUCCGAGCCAUGGAAACCAUCGUCGUAUGCGUCCAGCGGUCGCUCCUACUUCGCCAGCGGUCGCAACGCCGCCUCCAGCCUAUCAACUGCCCCGCCCCUCACGAAACACCAAUCGCUGAGCGGCACGGGCGGAUAUAAAUGGCCAGGUUCGACGGCGACGUACCUUAUUGGAGGAGGGACCGACACGCCUACGCAGACAGUGGUGGAAACGGGCUCGCCCGGAUGCGAUAGAGAGCUGUCGCCUGUAAGAUGGUGCGAUAGGGAGGUGGAUGGAGUGUAUUUGGGCAAAUCCGGUUGGGUGCAAGUUCAGAGACACUCCAUGGACGAUCGUCGAACGUCAGGUUACUUCAGCAAGCCUCCAACAGCGCCAAUUGCUCAGAGCAAGAGAUCAGCUGGGGCCAGGCUAGCAGACUAUCACUUCAACAGCGAACCUUCCAGGCCUGCCUUUCUAUCUUUGCAAAGAGGCGAGACUGCUCCAUCGUCCACUGUUCACACGCCGCCCUCUCCAUCGCCGCCCCAGCCGACCGAAGAGGAAUAUUCUCCACCUUCUAUCACGCCCAUCAUUUCACCGCCGCCCGCGUUUCAGGACGCUGCCAAAAACGGAAAAGCUCCCUCAACGACAUCCACGACUGGCAGCGCUAGCGAUCGUGCAGGCGCCGCUCGCAUGUUCUUCGGCAAGGGCACGCCCCUUUUGUCGCGCACCAAUGCUAUCGAAGAUAGCGACGCUUCACCGCCUACGUCACCGGUAGUCCCGCCCACUGCGACUAUGUCCGCCCCGUCUACGGUGGCCGCCCGAGACUUGAGGCGGGAAGCGAAGGCGUUCGGGAGACCCGGCGCACUUGGGGCGCAGGCAAAGUCGUUGGAGGAUGCUGGAGCUAGGAGGAGAUCUCAGUUCCUCCAGCACUACCGCGGCGCCGGAGGUUCCUCCUCUUCGUCGUCAUCUUCCAUGGGCUUCCGUAGUUUGGACAGCGCCUUCAGCAGGGCCAACGCAGGCAGCAGGGCCAUGCCGAGAUUGUCCGAGAACACCGACGACUCAUCUUCGGUGGACAGAUACCAAGAGGCGGACGAUGAGGAUAACAAUUCGUCGUCUAUUAACGUCAGCAUGCUGCCUUUGCACACGACUCCGGUGGUAACUGUCCAACAAACCGAAAGGGGCGAUAGGUGGGAGAAAGAACAAAGAGUCUCACCUUCUGGAAGGUCGUCAGCGAGCAGACAACAGAGCCAUCACAGGAUGCAAAUGAGGAGGUCGCCAGGGAGAUCACCUGUCGGUUCAGACACCAAUAAGCCACCCGGUUCAAGUUCAUCGACCAGCGGCAGCGAAGAUGAGUUUGUGUCCCGUUCCCCACCCCCGUUGGCACCCUCGCCACAACCGCCGACGUCACAGGGGCGGAGAAACACACCCUCAACGAGACCUUAUCAGUCAAGGUCACCUUCAACGGAGGACCAGUUGCAACGGGUUCGAAGAUCGCGAAGUUUGCAGUUACCAGAGAAAAGGCCACCCCAGCAGGCCCCGCCACUGGGAGGUGGAGGGAGGUCACCAUCAGACGGCCAGCAUCGAACGGUUAUCAAAAUUGGGACUGCGCCAGAACGAACCAAAAGACAUAAACAACAAUCAAUGGAAAAUGAGGCUGCCGUUAGUGAAGAGAUAUUGAGGGAGGCUGAAGUGGUGACAGGAUUUUUAUAUAGAAAUAAAUCAAGAGCUGCUGCACAGAAUCUGCUGUCUCACAGAUACAACAGCAUUUCCAAAGAAGAGGACAGACGCGAGAAAUCCUCUUCCAAAGAUCUGUCAACAAACGGUUUCACGGUCUACUACGUAGGCAGCGGCGGGGGCGGGAGCAAGGAGAGACAAAAGGUCCUGGUGCGCGGGUCGACGAGUCCCAGCUUGUCCAGCCAAAAACAGUCCGGGAGGCACGUAGAGGCGAAGCCCGGGGACUUUUGGGCACAGCAGUACCAGCAGUACGAAAGGGGAAGGGAGAGUGCCAUGAGGCUGUCGCAGAGUUAUCCGGCUCACUCGAGGUCGGUUGAGGUCUCCAGCAUUGAUGUGAUGUAAGUAGAGGGC